UUAUUUACAUUAUUUGUAAACAUUGGCUUUAUUAAUGGCUAGCUCUUCCUGACACAUAUUGGCUUUUCCCCGAAUAUUUCAUUAGGCGAAAAGCUAUAUCAAUUAACUAAUGGCCUUCAAGCAAGUAAUUAACUUUCCCGCUUAAAAUUAUAUCAGUUUCCAGGGAGUUUUCUUUCAGCCCCUGAGGAGUGAAUUUACAUAUUGUGUUCGUCAGAGCAUUGGUUCCGCGACGUCAGUAAUGCGGUAGAUUCACUCAGCCAGAAACAAGCAAAAAUCUGAUCUGAAGUCGUUUUGAACCACUGAUAGAGGAACAGCCCCUUUACUUUCAAAACUUUUUCAGUCUAAUAUACAUCCAGAUCACAAGAUAUUAGGACAGGCCUAGCUCCAAGCUUGAACAUGUCGUCCACGAACAGCACUAAAACUUACAACCUUUGGUCAACAAACGGUGAUGAGUUUAUCGCAGCCAUAAUUGUCUUAGGACUCGUAUCACUGGUUGGUUUAAUCGGUAACAGCUUUGUUAUUUCAAUCAUUGUCUCGACUCGUCGCCGUGGUCAGCGGUCUGCAGUGCAGCUAUUCCUCCUCCACUUGGCGAUUUCAGAUCUGCUCGUGUGCGUGGUGUGCAUACCGCUGACUUUGUGGCUCAUUUUUUACUACCCCGAAGAAAACGUGAAAGGUGCAAGUGGUCUGUGUAAGUUCACACGAUUUGUCCAGUUUCUGGCGCCAUCAAGCUCCAUGUGUUUACUGACCGUCAUCAGCAUUGAUCGAUAUUACUCCCUUGUUCGCCCCCUGCAAGCUAUGAAGGCCUGGCUUCGUCCUAAAGUGCUAAUAACCAUUGGAUGGAUUUACGCCGGCGCAAUUUUCCUGCCCACGUUUUACUUUGUAGACACCGAAGAAGUCCAGUGGGCAAAUGGAACGUUCUGGUAUUGUAGCACCGUUCCCAAUAACACGUUAGCAGGUUUUAGCUACCUAGUGUUCCUUUCAAUCUUUGGAUUCCUCAUUCAGUUGGUCACAAUCAUUGUAUUGUAUAGCCGUGUUGGAAAGGCAGUGUGGAGCCGCGAAAGAAAAAUUUCUCGCACGGGCACGAUGUCCGCUGCAAAUGUAAAGUCUCUGGACAAAACAAAGAAACGCGUUACACAAAUGCUUCUGACUGUUGUCAUAUUCUUUCUCGUUUGCUGGGCGCCGUUUGUGAUCUACACCGGCUUCAUUGAGAGAUAUGUCGCCGACUUUCCUAACCCAGCUGAUGGCAUUCGAGUGAUCUCCUAUGGCUUUGGGCUUUUCAAUUCAGUUUGCAAUCCUUUCAUUUACUUUUUUAACAGUCCAAGUUUCCGGAGGGAUUCCUUGCGGAAAGUUUGUUUGGAGAUCGGAAAUCCCACGGAGGAGAGGCCGGGUGGAAAUAGCGACAACUCAUCAAGGAGCACCGUAAUAAGCCGAGUAGAUACCAUGGCAAGGGGAGGAGAAAAGAGCAAAGUAACCAAUGGCUUUGGAAACCUCGCUUACCAGAAAGAGACAUACGACACUAGACUGUAAAACAUGUCCGAUAUACUUACACUUAAGACAACCCUUUAAUUACAGUAAGAAUAACUUAUCGUCACGUGUUGGUGAUGAUCGAGUCAAAUCGGGUAAUUCCCUACAAUGGAAGAUUUACUACACAUGUGAUAAAUCCAGUCAGUUUUUGAUUGGCAAGCUUGCCAUGCCACUUUGAGACACGGCCACUUCAAAGCAGUUCAUAGCGUAGAAAGUUUAAAAUGAGUGGAUAAGUAAAAAACAAAGAAGACAACAAACAAAGGAAACAAACAAAUCAAAGGAAACAAACAAAGAAAACAAACAAAUCGAUCAAUAAUCAAUCAAUCAAUCAAUCAAUCAAUCAUUUAUUUUGACAAGGGGACUUAAUGAAAUCGUCAAAGACAAUUAAGGUUUCCGAAAAUUGCCGAAGAAUCCACGAAUACGUUACAAGACGGCUUCCGAACGUAAGAAAAAUCCUCCAUCUUCCGUAAGUUACACCUACAUAAAUGCCCCUCCCCCUUUUGACGGUUACCUGAAGACUCCAGAGUUCGUACAAUAACGUCCUUAAAUUCAACUACUGUUUUAGCUCUCGUUUUGGUUUUUCUUACGUGCCUUACGGGCAAGCAAUGACGAUUAUUAUCGUGUAAUUUUGACAGCAAUCUUAUUUAUUUUAGCCCAUUGCUCAAAAUAGUAAUCGAAAUCAUGCAAACAUCAUACUAAACGAACUCAGUAUAUGUAUGCAUAUUAAUUAUAUUCGUUUUAUUUAAAUUCAUACCUUGUGUCAGCUCUAUACACAUUAGCAGUACGUUACGGUAUGGAGUUAAUAACGAUUGACACAAGCUCUUUUUGAGUGACUUCGAGCCGGUAUAAAACGGAACUGUCCGGCCCAAGCCACAAGGGCCAAAAAAGCAAUAUUGUGCAGUAUAGUAUUAUCACUGUAUAAAAUAUCUGUAACGAUUUUAUAGCCUAUGUAUUGUAAUCAUAAAUUUUUCCGCUGUUGUAUGGCUUGAAGUUUCCGUAAAUUAUUGAGUGACGAUUUUGAAAGAACGAAGAAUUAUUAUAGUAGCUUGAGAAUAUGGCAGCGAUGAGGUGUUGUAGCAUCAUGUUAUCAGAAAAUAAUAUUUAUCUUGCAUGAUAUGCGGGGAGUUAAACGACCUGAAAAUCUGAACAUCGAGGAAGGAGUUUAUUUGUUUUUACUAUUAUUUAUUCAAUAUAUAUUCAAAACGAUCGACAACUACGCAAUUUAAUUUGAGAACCGUGUAUGAUGAUAGAGAAUGAAAAUUUGUAACUUUCCUGGAUGAUGUAUGUAACUAAGUACUAUUUUUAUUGUUAUUCAAGAACAUAUACAGUACUUGAGAUUCUCCAGUUAUCACGUACUUGUAUUUACAAUAUAGUUAUUUCUCUAGCUAGUUUCCUCUUUGGGUAACUGGUAAUCAUGCACACGUACCAAUAUAGCCUAUAUUGUAGCAGUUUAUUGCCAGUUGAAUUAAACACUAUGUUUGAAAUA